AUGCCAGUCUCACCCAGCACCGGCCGUACGGCUCUUGUGGAGCUAUUCGAAGCUGCCAAUCCUCAAAACUCGACAUCGCAGCACCACGUCCUCACCUUGGCCGAUCAAAGCCUCGUUACUGUCGCAGACGAGUAUCAACAGCUUGUCGAGCGCAACCGUGUUGAGGAGCUCGAAUUGUUCUCUCGCCACCGCAAAGAGGAAGCUCAAUGCUAUCAGCGAAUCCACCUUCGUCAGAAUACCCAGGAUGCCUGCGCUCAGCCCAAACCCAACCUCACCGCGCCAGAGACAGUCAUCAUAGAUCUCGGCUCAGACAGUGAAGAGGAGGAUGAGCCAGCGGGAAAGGCUAUUUCACCACAGCACGCAUUGCCUGCCAUCGACCGCUCAGAGAUCCGUGCUAAGAAGUACUACAUUCGCCGUCCGCAGAGUGAGGGAACACCGUGGUCUUGCUCCGAAGAAAAAUGGGAAGGCCUGCCUGCAAAGCGCAAGGAGACACUUUCAAACGUUGGAUGGGUGAUGGAGACGGAUGCCGGAAAGAACGUAUCGCCGGCUUGCCGUUACUGCGAAAAAUUUGGAUACGAGUGUCGCGUCCUUGCAAAGCCGUUGAUUGGAAAAGACGGCGUCACUCAGCCGCGUUGUUGCACGUAUUGCUUCCUCGACUCCAUACGCUGUUCUCUCUUGGAUCGCCCUAUUCCGCAAAGGGAUGUGCCGGAUUUGAAGAUGCCUGAUGUCGAGAUACCCGAUGUCGAGAUGCCCGAUGUCCACACCCCUUUGAAGCCUGGUGGCAGCGGCAGUAGGGGCAACAGUAUUUCUGAGCUCACUACUUUACUUUCCACGCCAAUUGAUAGUGGCAGCGCCGAGUUACAGACUCUAACAGACAUGUUCAAGAAGGAGGAGCCCGAGAUGGAACCCGUUCAGAAGCGCAGCCCCACGGCUAUCACGAACUCCCGCUCAUCCAACGCCAAGAAAUUGCGGAGGGUCUCUUUCAUUGAUUUAACGGAUGGCUAG